AUGCUGCACGUGUCCCUCCUGCGAGACGUGGAGAGGCGCGCGCUGCGGCGCCGGAGGGACGGGCGGCCCCAGGAGAGCAGCCACCCCACGCAGAAGGACACCGAAGAGCUAAACGAAAUCGUAAAGGAGUUGCCAAAGUUGCACGAGCGAAACGAUACGGAAGUGAUCUCCGCUUUGGUAACCAGCUUCCUGGAGAGAAACCCCAAGAGUAUCCCUGCGUAUGAAUCGUUCAGCAGGUUUUACUUAAAGAUAGGGGACUACAAGUCUGCCCUGAACCUGCUGUAUGCCGCCCUGUAUCUGGACCAUUCGAAUGAGAAGCUGGCUAGCUUGCUGAGGCUGUGUGAGGAGCGCCAGGUGAGCCGGGAGGCGAGGAUCCCCGCCAAGUACAAGGAGCGCAUCUGCUACCCGGAGAGGCGCGCCGAGGUUGGCGGUGAAAGCGGUGAGAUGGGCGGUGAGAUAGGGGGUGGGAUGGUCGGUGGAAGCGAUGAUAGCGGUGAUGAGGACAGCGUUGGAGGAAGCGACGAGAGCGACGGUGAAAGCGGCCAUGGGGAAAGCCACUCACAAAGUGAUCCGCAAACUGAUCCGCAAACUGAUCCGCAGAGUGACCCGCGAACUGCCCCGCAGAGUGAUCCGCGAACUGCCCCGCAGAGUGAUCGGCGAACUGCCCCGCAGAGUGAUCGGCGAACCGCCCAGCAAACUGAUCGGCGCCCGGCGAAGGCGCGCGUGGCGCUGGCCAAGCGGGACAUGGAGCCGGGCGAAGUGGUCCUGCAAGUCAAGCCGCUAAUACUAACGCAGCACAUCUUCUGCAACCGAUACGUCUACCCAACCUGCUACCACUGCCUGAGGGAAAGGAGCCUAUCAAAAAAAUGCUACAGCUGUCCAGUGAACCCCCAUACAUGCACACACAUCUUUUGCAGUUGGAAGUGCUUAGCGCAGAACAUGAAGGUGCACCGAGAGGAGUGUCCCAUCAUGCCUACCAUCACCGCUGCAGCGAAGGAAGCUAACCUAAUGCUGCAUGUUGUUCUGCACAUAUUUCGUGUCCUCAUCAAAGUAAAAAUAGAUAAGGAGUACAAGGAAAAGGAGAAGCACAUCAUAAAGGAAAUUUUCUUAAACGAAUCCUUUUAUGAUCUUGUGAGGGUCACCCAAGUGGAGCUAUUCAACUCGCUUAACACGCUAGCGAACAGAAUCAUUUUGGAGUUUCCCCCGUCUUUUUAUUUACAUCUAAAGCAGAGGGAACUUGUAGAAUUCAUGCUGAUCGUGUGGCAGUACUCCCUCUCCGUUAGGUACUACUCUCCCUCUUCCAUUGUUAAGCAAGCCAACCCGGAAACGACCUUCGGGUUGGCUUUCUCCCCGGAAGUAGCCAAACUGCACCACAGCUGUGUUCCCACGUGCUCAUUUUACUACGACGAGGAGGGGGUUCUAACCGUCCGAGCGCUGUGCAACAUCCCGCAAGGGGGCAAGCUCUGCAUAAGUGUUCUCCCCGACCAGUAUACCCCCCUCAAUGUUAGAAAGAGCUUCCGGGGAAUGGCUCGCGUCUUCAGCUGUGGGUGCAUUAGGUGCACCGACGCGACGGAAAAUAACUUGCACCUCAGGAGCGUGAAGUGCCCCCGGUGCAUCGUGGGCUACAUCUGCCCGAUGAAGACGGAGGCGCUGCUCGAGGCGCUCAACAAGGAGAGUCGUACGGGCGACUCGCUCAGCAGGAGGGAGCUGCACGACGGAAGAGACGCCUCCAACGACGCCGCCAAAGACGCCACCAACCACGCCGCUAACCACUCCGCCAACCACGCCGCCGACCACGCGGAGCGGUGGCUGUGCUCAAACUGCGGGAAGCUGUCCCUCCAGGGUAACAAGCGGUGCGUGCGCCUGGAGAGGAGCAUCCGCGCCCAGUACGAAGCCGCGGAGCGGCAGUACAUGCAGGGGGACAUCAUCCAGGCCAAGAAGAAGCUCCUGCAAAUACACACAGAAGUGCAGUACCUGCUGCACCCCAACCACCACAUCAUGUUCAACGUGCAUACGUUGCUAGCCGGUCUGAUGAGACAAGACCCUAAUAGAGAGCUGCAUAACUCGUUAGUCUUCCUACGCAAGGCAGUGAUAGCAGCGGAGAAUGUCCUCCCGGUGUGCUCCCUGGAGAAGGUCCACCUGUAUGCACAUCUGGCUCACUACACCUUCAGCUACUCGAAUCAUUGCAAGCUGUAUAUGAAGACGGGGGGGGUAGAUGCAGAAUCUGUUAUUGAACCCAUUUUUGCAUCUAUCUGGAAUGCAGUGGUGACCACAGGGUAUAACUCGACCCUCACCAUUAUGCUAACGCAACAGAUGAGGACCUAUGCCAUCUGCUUCAAUUUGUAUAGCCCCUACCACGAGAUGGAGUUUCACAUUAACAGGAAGGAGGAGUUCAGUAGGUUCUACCACCAGGUGACGCAGAAAAAAAACGAGUCGCACAGGAAAAUUAAAAAAGUGAUGAAGGAGGAUCCGUUCUACCCGAUCUACAUGGCAUGUCAGUGCUUUGAUAUUGACUACAGAAAGGAUACCUACAUUUCGCGAAUGUUUAAGCUCUUCAAAAAUAUGCAGUACGUUGGGAACGGGCAGAAUGCACUCUCCAUCGCUGCCUCCUUUGGAAAUGUAAAACUGGUGAAGGUCCUCCUGAAGAAGAAUUACUCUCCGUUUACUAAGAACGAGUUACAUAUGAAUGCUCUCCUGCACAUGGCCAGCUCCUUCCUUCCAUCUGAAGAGACUAGCCACUACUCCAAGUACAUCCCCAUCUUGUUGCAAGAAAUAGAGUCCCAGAAGUUGCAGCUCGACGAGUUUGAGGCCCACUACGCGGCGCUACUGCACGGGGGGGACUCUCCAAAAGGGGGAAGAGGAGGAGGCACCUCCAUAAUGCCCGCACAGCGGGGAGAUAGCCAUUCUUAUGAGCGGAAAAACGAAACGGAGAGACCCUUCCCCUUUGGGGACCUCCUCCAGGAUGAGGAGUUCACCUACGGACCGGCUAGCCGCCAAAUAGACACCAACCAGAAAAUCAUCCUCACCAUUCUUCUGAAGCAUUUAGAUGCGAAGCAGAUGUGCAAGAGGAGGAAGUACCGGGACAAGCUGCGCUUCAACGAGCGGGUCAACCUCGCCGCUGCGCGAAGGCGCCGCAGGGACGUGGCGCACACGGCAUAUGUAAUUCACAGUGCGAAUGCGGCACAUGGAAUGCGCAGUACGCACGCGCUGAUGUCCGCUCCUCCCCCCAGCCACGUCGGCACGACGAACGAGAGGGGGAAGUCCACUCAUGAGGAGGCCAAAACGGGGGCAGAUGAAAGCGACGGCACGGGGGGCAGCAGCGAUUACCACAUAACCGCGCAACGCAGAGGGGGAGACCCCUUCAUAAGUGAUGAACACGUGGACUCCUCAAACAGUGAAGACCUCCAGAAGGGGAAGAAAAAAACGAACCCUUUGAACCACGCGAGGGGAAGAAGCAACUCAGAUGGAAGCACCUCCCCCAUGUGCAGCAGCUUCGACUCGGGGAAGUCAGAUGAUGUCCUUAACAAUAAGGUGAAGCACUACUACGUCCAGAAGAUCCUCACAAAAUCCAUUUCGCAUAGACUCCUAGGUUUUAAUAAUGCGCUCCACUAUGCAUGCACAAGAGGGAAGAGGCAACUAGCUAAGCAGCUCAUCAUGUGUGGACUGCCAGUGAAACUCCUAAACAGCGAAGGAAGCACAGCUCUGCAUAUGGCCUCCCUAAGUGGGCACGACGAAAUAGUUAAGACGAUACUAAACUACCACACCGAUGUAGAUGUGAUGACGUCCCAUGGAGAGACUCCCCUCAUGUUGGCUGCAUACGGUUUGCACCUCCAAGUGAUAAAGACCUUGGUGGCACAUGGAGCGGAAGUUUUUAUAAAAAACGAAGACAAUGCAACUGUGCUGCAUUGCCUCGUGCAAGGGCUCCUACGGACACAUACCAUUUCGUAUAAUCAUAAGGCUUAUGAUGAUCACUUAGCAGCUGCCCCUGUUGGGGCGGGGUCAUACAUAAAGGGGGGAGCCCCUUCGAACGCCUUCUCCAGCGAAAUGAGUCACCACCUCACUGCACAUAUCCCCCUCAUCGAGGAGCUUCCAACAGACCUCUUAAUUCUUCCCUUUAAAUUAUUGCAUAGGAUUAAGAAGGCCAUCACCAUUCUGAAGCUCCUCACCAUGCACUGCCCACUGUACCUUUACGAAGUGAAAAAUGCUAAUGGGUAUAACCCCUUUGAGAUGUUGAAGGCCUCUUGGAGGAACGUGUGUGAGAGACGCAUGUGCAUGCUGGCAAACGCAGACUUGAAGCUGUCUGCCUUUAGCCAUCGCCAGAGGAACAUCGUCUCUCAGGGCUGGUCCCUCAUCACGGCCCUCAUCCAUCGGAUCCUCUCCACGCUGCGCCCCGACCGCUCGGUGCUCACCUCCAUCUACGCGACCUUCCUGGGGGGGGAGGCACUCCAGCAGAUAGAGGCAGUCCAGCCGGUGGAGGCACAGCAGAAAGAGACUUGCCCAACUGGGGAGGCUGCCCAACCGAAAGAGACUUGCCCAACUGGGGAGGCUGCCCAACCGAAAGAGACUUGCCCAACUGGGGAGGCUGCCCAACCGAAAGAGACCCCCCCAACGGGGGAGCCCAAACCUGCCGCGAGCGAACAGGCGGCGGUCGUCCCGAAGAAGGUGUGGCCGAAGAAGGCGAAGCUGCCCCCCCCUCCGAAGCGGCAGUAG